GUUUUUUAGCUUUUCUCAAUAUUUUUAGAUGACGGAAAGUUUUUCAAAGCGAAAAUUAAUUUGUAAAGAUCUAUAUGGAUAUUUAUUAACUCUUCCACCAAGUAUUUUGGAUGGCUUAUAUGACCACCCCUUUACAUGUUUAGCUGUAUUCAGAGGUUUACCAGAACUUGCAAAGCAUUAUGUUAUGAGAACAUUAUUCACAGAGCAAUCACUUCCAGACACCUUUGUUUCAGCUUGGUGUAAAACUGAUCAAAUGAAACUGCACGAGUUAGCUCUGUCUCGUUUAAAAGGUUUAAAAAUUUGGACAGUUGUUAAUACUGGCUCUUCGUCCAUUCGAUACGAAAUGAAUCGGUUUUUCAGACAAAACUUAAAGAUUGGUUUAUGUGGUGGUGAUAUUGUCGAAGAAGAACCACUGAAAACAGUUGAAGAGAAGCAUGCUCGCGAUGUUGAUUUCUUAGAUAAAUAUUCCAAAGAAAGAUGGGAGUGUGUGUUAUACUACAUGACAGGAUCACAAAUGGGUGCAAAUGCCGGUGUAAGUGAAGAUGUUGCACGAGUUUUAAUUAAUUCUGGUUUAUUAAAAUUUGAUGUGAAAGAACAAUCAACUUCUAUUACUUCUGCAGGGUUUCAGUUCUUACUGCUUGAUACAUCUUCACAAGUUUGGUACUUCAUGUCGCAACAUUUAGACUCAAAAGAAGGUUCGGCGUUAGUUGAAUGCCUUUCCUUUUUAUUCCAAAUCAGUUUUUCUGUCCUUGGGAAAGAUUAUAAUGUUAAGAAUUUAACUUCAGAUCAGUUCAGCUUUCUGCAGUUAUUGCGAGAAAUUGGUCUUGCCUAUCAACGCAAGCGAAAGUCAAAGCGUUUCUACCCUACCAGACUGGCAAUAAAUCUUGGAACAGCUGUGACUGCGAAUGUUAGCACUUCUCAAAGUUUAGGUUACUUGAUGGUUGAGACAAAUUACAGAGUUUAUGCUUAUACGGAUUCGAUAUUGCAAAUAGCAUUGAUAAGUUUAUUUACAGAAAUAAAAUGUCGUUUUCCAGAAUUCACGGUAGGAGUUUUAAGUCGCCAAAGUGUGCAACAAGCAUUGUCAUGUGGUAUUUCAGCCAAUCAAAUCAUAGAUUUUUUAAGAACUAGAGCUCACCCACAGAUGCGGAAUCAUACACCAGUUUUACCGCCAACUAUAACUGAUCAAAUAAAAUUAUGGGAGAUGGAGAGAGACCGUUUACGCUAUACUGAAGGUGUUUUGUAUAAUCAGUUCCUCUCACAAACCGAUUUUGAAAUGCUUCGAAAGUUUGCAGAAGGAAAAGGCGUGCUUUUGUGGGCAAACAAUGCUAAACGAUUGAUGGUGGUUUCGAAGGAUGGCCACGAUGAUGUAAAAAAGUAUUGGAAAAAAAAUAAACCAUCUUAAAAUUGCUCUUAUUUAUCUUUUUUCACGAUUUUUUUUUAGCUUUUUUUCUGUUCUGUUUUUGUAUUUAGUUUUGUUACUAAAAUUGCAGCAGUUUUGUAGGCAGGUAAAAAAGUUUUUUUAUACAACUGACAGAUAUAGGGUUUUGCAAAAAUGAAAAAUUUGUAGAGGUAUUUAAAUUGUAGCAAAUUAUACGAAAAUUAUUUAUUACAAAAAUGACUUAUUGUGCUUUAGUUAGCAUAGAUGGAAGAUUAUAACGCAUUCUUUAUGUCCUUGAGACACAGUCCCCCUUUUUAAAAAGGUUAAGACUAUCAUCGCAUGUUCUCAAGUUACUGUCAGUAACGUAAUUGUAAGGAGGGGAGCUUAUAAGGAGAAAGAUCAUUUUUUUAAAUCGAUGUUAGGGGAGGUGUUUAUAAAUUACACCUUUUUAUUCCGCAAAAUACGCAUGUGAAAAUGCAGAAUAACAUAAAAACGAGAUUAGUUAUGAGCAAAUUUAGGAAUACUGGUUGUUUACAUGCAAGCUUGAAGAAUGUAUCAAUAAAAUGUUGACUUUCGCAACUUUUAAUAAAAUCGUAGUUAACAUAUUUAUAAAGAAGGUAUUGGUAGUGGUGUGACAAAAACGUAAAAUAUUGCAGGUUUUGUGUAUUUUAUGAUGUAUUUUAUGUGUUGUUUUUGCAUGAUUUAUUGGAACAAAUUUUUCCGAGAAUUAAACUCACGACUUCGCGGAUUUUUAAGUUUUUUGCGAAAUUUUUUAAUUAAUUAAUUAAUGGAAUUCUGUCCAAUCCAUGAAAAUUAUAAUUUUAAUGCGCAUACCCAUGUUGGAAAUUUGUCUUGUUGGAAAUUAUAUCAAGAAGUGAAGAUCAGCCUUAAGUUGCAAUGUUUCUGGUAGGAUGGUUAUUCUAGGAGAUUGUAGAUUGAUAGUGGACUGGGUUUCUGUAUAUCUACAUUGGACGCCAGCUUUCCUUGAUGCGAAGUUGGUUUUCUUUGAUUGAACACCUUUCUCUUGAACAUUUAAAAAACACCAAACAAAGACGGUGUAUUAUGUAGAGAUGCAAACACAUCAAUAAUAGAUUGGAAGGAGGACUUCAAACGAAAAACUGCUUCAUAUGCAACAAACAAAUAACCAAGGACCACUCACAUCUUACAGGAAGAUUCUAAGGACUGGCAUACAACAACUGCAAUCUAUAAUACGGAAUACCAUCAUUCCUGCCGGUAUUUUUCCAUGUCCUGGAAGUAUACGACUUACAUCUUUUUAUAGAACAUCAAAUAAAAGAAAUAGAAGGAGACAGCAGUUACUUCCCAAUGAAUAAAAUGAAAUACAUAUCCUUCUCAAAAAAGAUACCCGUCGAAAAUAAAAAUACACUGAACUAAGAUUCAUAGACAGUUUCAAAUUCACGACAUCAUCCUAGGACAAAUUAUAACCAAAGAAAAUUAUCAACAUGCAAAAAACCGCAUGAAAAACGAUCACUAUCACGACCUAUAUCUAAAAUCUGACGUCCUACUACUAGCCGAUGUAUUCCAGAGCUUUAGGAAUAUUUUCCUAAAAAACUAUGUGCUUGAUCCGGCAUAUGGUAUAUACAGCACCUAGUGGGACGCUCAACUUAAAUCAACAGAUAAAGACUGUUAUCCGACAUUUGUAUGCUACUAUAUCCAUUGAAAAAAAACAGUUCGAGAAGUUGGAUCAAUGAUAUCAAACAGAUACUGAAAAGCCAAUAACAAUAACAUGAAAGAAGGUUACAAUUCAGAAAGUACCAUCAAAAUGCAUUAAGUAACUAGAUGCUGAUAACCUUCAUCAAUGGGCUAGUAUGUAUGGUCAGAACCUUUCCUUGGCCGGUGGUUGUUGGAAUUUUGGUUUUAAUACACUCUCUAGAUCAUUGAAGGGCAUACUGAUUUUGUUUGAGGAUGAAGAUGAUGCAGAUAGAGAAGACUGUUUAGGGUAAUGGAAAGCUGAACGCAAACAUGUUUUUAGGUGCGCAGAUUAAUAUUAAGCGUGAAACACUUAUUUUGUUAAAAAUGUUUUUAAGAGAUCCUUGUAAAGCGUUAUUUGUGGAAGGGACGGGUUGUAGAAAAAUAAGUUUUAGAUUUGUUCGGUUGUGAGUUUAGGGGUCAUUUUGAAUAUAUUGUGAUUUUGAGUUCUACUUUGAUGUGGCAUAAGACUUAUUUUCAAAAGAAGUGGUUGUGGAGCGAUGAUGUGUAUUUUUAGUAGAACUCCUGGUAACAAAUUGUUUGAGGCUAUUGUUUUUUUUAGUAGGGAAAUCAUGUUGCGAGGUUCUGUUUGUUGUAGAUGACACGUUAUUGCUGCUGAAAGGUUGGAUGAGAGGAAAAACAGCAACCUCGUUUCCAGUGCUUUUUGUCUUUCAUCAGUGCUGCGCUUAUUGAUAUUUGUCUCGCCGUCCGAUAUGCAAAAAGAGUCAGCAGGUCCUUAGGAUCGAGGUUGGAGACAACAGUUUUUGGAUUUAAGUACAGAUAGCAUUCGCUAAGUGAUCAAUUUGUACAGAUAAGAUUUACUAAGUGAUCUUUUUUCAGAGUUGUCAAUCGAUUUAAAUGUUUGCUGCAAAAACUCAGUAUGACUCCUUUGAAGUUUUUUAUUGUUGGCAGAUAGGGGCUACCGUAAUUUUUGUUGCCUGUGAACUUUAGCCAUUGAUGACUUCAUAUCCAAAUAAGUUUAUUUUUAUGUCUUUGUUUCCCUCGAACUUUGGCAUGUCCUUUGUGCUUAUGGGAAAUUACAUAUCGUCUAACUUCAGGUCCUUAAGGUAGUUGUUUUUCUUUGUUUGGUCUUCGGGAAUCCUGGAAAAGGGAGGAAAAUAAUGGUCUUCUGUGUUGUUUUUAGGGUAAAAAUUGGCCAUUUUUUAUGUGAAAAACAUCAAAUUUUUAUUACCCUACGAAAAUUUUUAAUAUUAAGACAGUCUUUGUUUGGGACUUUUUUCUUGUCAUGAUAGCUGUUACAUGUGAAAUUAAAUAAUGCAAGGCUUUCUUAGGGAGUUAACAUCCUCAAAUAUGUAUUUUUUUGGACGGCAGAUUCGCCGUAUAAAUAUAUCUGGGCACGAGCAGUUUUUUUUAGUUUGUUUAUGCUUCUGAAAAUUCGCUUUGUGGAAAAGUACUAUCAGUUUCUUUCUAAUGACGAAAUAUAUGAUUGUAAAUAUUUUAACCAAUCAGAACGCAAUAUUCAUUGU